AUGCUCGCGUCGUCGUCACAGCGCGCAUGGCCUCAAGCCUCGCCAUCCCACGACGACUACGACCAGGCGCUCACCGUCCUGCGCAUCGUCCAGCCCGCUGCCAUCCUCGCCAUCGCACUCGCUUCGGUGCUCAUCAAGCCCUCCAAGAAAUGGCUCGCCCAUCUGCUCCAUCCUCGACGCUCCGAGUACGAUCAGCUUCGAGCUGAGGCACAUCGCGAGCACGACGACGACGACGAUGAGCCGCCCCAACCCACGCCCGUCGUCGUGCCCGUCCGCUCUCGCCGCCGAUUCCUCACGCAGUCCACCCAGCUCGGUCUCGCCGCUACCUUUUUCGCAUCGGGUGUUCUGAUCAUCCUGCGCGCCGUCCUGCCUCCGAAGGAAUGGCAGCCCGACCUCGCGCUCUGGGGCGCCAUCGAUCUGCAGGCGCUCGGUGGCCUGCUCGCCUGGGGCGCCAUCGUCAUCGCCGCUCUGUGGGAGGAAAAGGUGCGCGGCAGGGGCAGCUACGGAAGAGGAAAAUCCGGCUGGUCUCUCCUUGCAGGCGCCGCCACCGACAUUUGCCUGCUCGUUCUCUACAUGAUCACCAAGCAGCGUCGCGACCUGCCCAACACCAGCCGAUGGUCGAUUGCGCAGCUCGUCCUCAUCAUCCUCCGUCUUUUGCUGCUCUAUCCCGUCCUCAUCCUUGCUCUAUCGUGGGAUCGCGUGCGCUUCGUUCGCGCCGCGGACCUUGCCAACGAGACCGGCGUCGGCUCGGCACCUGGGCCUUCCACCUCACCCGCGCGCUCCGCGCCCGCCAACGCCGAGUCGGCGGGUCUCCUCCAGGCGCCUGGCGCAUCCGCGACGCCUUCGUACGGAGCCACUGGCAGCAGCGUCAACGGCGCCAACGGUAAGGACUCAGCCAAGAAGAACUCGGCUGGCAACUCGGGCACCCAGACGCCCAAUCGCGACCCCAACGCUUCCAUGGGUUUGUCGGUGGCCACCGCCCCACCGCCGCCCACCUUCAGCACGUUCCUCUACCGCAUCCGCUUCCUCUUCCCGUAUCUCUGGCCAUCCAAGUCGGCGCACCUCCAGCUCAUCGCAGUCGCCUGCGUCGGCCUCCUCUUCUCGGCGCGCGUGGUCAACUUCUUCACACCGCUCGCGCUCGGAAGGCUCGUCGAGGAUCUUUCGCAAGGCGCCUCGCCGUGGGCCGAUGUCGCCAUCUACGCCUUCCUCAAGAUGCUUCAGGGCCAGGGAAGCCUGCUCACCGUCAUGCAGAACGUGCUGUGGGUGCCGGUCGAGCAGUAUUCGGACCGCAUGAUGAGCAUGAUGGCCUUUGAGCAUCUGCUCAACCUCAGCAUGUCCUUCCACACCAAAAAGAAGACGGGCGAGGUGCUCAGGAUCCUGGACCGCGGCAGCGCCAUCAACAACUUCUUCCAGUACCUGCUCUUCAACCUGCUGCCCGUCUUUAUCGACAUCUUUGUCGCCAUGAUCUACAUGACGCGCACCUUCAGCCCCGCCAUCGGCAUCGCGCUCUUCGUCGUCAUGGUCGCCUACACCUGGACAAGCGUGCAGCUCACCACCUGGCGUACCGGCCUGCGCCGCGCCAUGAAUAACAAGGACUCGAUCUGCCGCGCCAUCUCGGCCGACGUGCUCAUGAACUGGGAGACUGUAAAGUGCUACUCCAACGAGGGCUACGAGGCCGAACGCUUCCGCUCCGCGCUCCAGGACUACCAGAAGGCCGAGUUCAAGGUGAUCGGCAGCCUCAACAUGCUCAACAUGGUGCAGAACCUCAUCCUCGCCUUUGGCACGCUCUUCACCAUCAUGCUCGUGGCGGGCAGCGUGGUGCGUGGCGAGACGACGAGCUCGCAGUUCGUCGUGUUCGUCACCUAUCUCCAGCAGGUGUACCAGCCGCUCUCGAUGCUCGGCACGCUCUACCGUGUGGUGCAGCAGAACCUCGUGGACACGGACAAGCUCAUGACGCUGCUCGAAGAAAAGACCGAGGUCAAAGACGUGCCCGGCGCCAAGGACCUCGUGGUGACCGACGGCGUCAUCGAGUUCCAGGACGUGCGCUUCUCGUACGACGGCAAGGUCGAGGCGCUCAAGGGGCUGAGCUUCAAAAUCGACCGCCAUUCGAGCGUGGCGCUCGUCGGCGAGUCGGGCGCGGGCAAGUCGUCGGUGCUGCGUCUGCUGUACCGCUUCUACGACAUCCAGUCCGGUCGCAUCCUGAUCGAUGGGCAGGACAUCCGCAACGUGACGCAGCGCUCGCUCCGACGAGCCAUCGGCGUGGUGCCGCAGGAACCAUCGCUGUUCAACAAUGACAUUCGCACCAACAUCCUGUACGGCGAUACCAAGGCGUCGGAUGAGGCGGUCGAGGCGGCAGCGCUUGCGGCGCAGAUCCACGACCGCAUCCUCUCCUUCCCCGAGGGCUACGGCACUGUGGUGGGCGAGCGCGGCGUGCGGCUGUCGGGCGGCGAGAAGCAGCGUGUGGCGAUCGCACGGACGAUCCUCAAGAACCCACCGGUGCUGCUGCUGGACGAGGCGACGUCGGCGCUGGACAGCCAGACCGAGAGGCAGCUGCAGUCGGCGCUCAACAAUCUGAUGCACGGCCGAUCGAGCUUGACCAUCGCGCACCGGCUGUCGACGAUCAUCAACUGCGACAACAUCAUCGUCAUGGAUGCGGGCCGCGUGGUCGAGGUGGGCUCGCAUGCCGAGCUGAUCGCCAAGAAGGGCGCGUACAGCAAGAUGUGGGAGCAGCAGAUCAAGACGCAGAAGGAGCAGGAGGCUGCAGCGGCUGCGCAAGAAGCUUCGCGCCAGGCGGACCAAGACGCACAGCCGACAGAAGCCGCCAAGCCUAGUGCAGCGGCGAUGACGGCGGAGCAGGACGAGCAGGAUGAGCCUGCCGAGGCUCAGCCGGGCAUGCUGGGCAUCGUUCCUCCCGCCGUUACCGGCGAGCCGGAGAAUCCGCUCGAGGGUGCGGGCGACAACGUAGAGCCGGCGGACGGUGCGCAGGGGCAGGGCGCGGCUGAAGGCGGAGAUGUCGAAGCGCCCAGCCAAACCGAGGUGCAGGCUGCGGCCGAGCUUGCCAAGUCGACCCAGCCGGGCUCGGAUGCAGGCGCAAACGGCAACCAGGGCGGGCUGACGGUUGAGUCGACCACGGCCACGAAUGGCGACGCCAGCGGUGCCAGCUCGCCAUCGCUGCAGGACGACUCGCCGUCCGGCUCGGACCUGGCGAGCAGCGGCACGCUCAGCAAGGAUGACAAGAAGAAGCAGCAGAACCGCAAAAAGAAUGCCAAGCGCCGCGAGAAGGAGCGCCAGAAAAAGUCGAGCGGGUAA